UUUCCUCCAAGCUUUGAAUUUUCGACCACGAAACGUUUCAGUGCAGCGCGAGGAGGGAGUUGUUUAGCUAGCGUUAGCAAUACACUUUUAAUAAGUAACUGCGGGUUUUUGCAGUAAAUAGAAGAAAAAUGGCCGAACCACUGAAGUCCUUCUUUGAAAACAAGCCUGUGGAAAAGACGAAGAAAGAUCCGAAAAGGUUGUCAGUGGAAAGGAUCUAUCAAAAGAAGACGCAGUUGGAGCACAUUCUGCUCCGGCCGGACUCCUACAUCGGCUCUGUUGAGCCUGUCACCCAGCAAAUGUGGGUGUAUGAUGAAGAGGAGGCUGAACUGAACUGCCGUGAUGUGACAUUUGUUCCUGGGCUUUACAAGAUUUUUGACGAGAUCCUCGUAAAUGCAGCUGACAACAAGCAGAGGGAUAAAAGGAUGUCCUGCAUUAAGAUCAACAUUGAUGUUGAAAACAACACCAUCAGUGUGUGGAACAACGGGAAGGGUAUUCCUGUGGUUUUGCACCAGGUGGAGAAGGUGUUUGUGCCUGCUCUCAUCUUUGGACAGCUGCUCACCUCCAGUAACUACGAUGAUGACCAGAAGAAAGUCACUGGUGGUCGCAAUGGAUACGGCGCUAAGCUGUGCAACAUCUUUAGCACAAAGUUCACUGUAGAGACCGCCUGUAAAGAGUCAAAGAGAAACUUCAAGCAGACCUGGUAUGACAACAUGGCUAGGACAGAGGAGCCUAAAAUCACUCCCUUUGGCAAAGAGGAAUUUACUUGCAUCACCUUCAAGCCUGACCUGCCCAAAUUUAAAAUGACCAUCCUGGACAAAGACACGGUGGCUCUGAUGACUAGGAGAGCUUACGACAUUGCCGGAGCCUCUAAGGGUGUCUGUGUGUACUUCAAUGGCAAGAAGCUGCCAAUCACAGGUUUCCGUAACUACGUGGACAUGUAUUUGAAGGACAAAGUGGAUGAGGUUGGCAAUCCCCUCAGUGUGGUCCAUGAGGUUGUCAACGAGCGCUGGGAAGUCUGCCUCACCAUGAGUGAGAAAGGUUUCAAUCAAGUCAGCUUUGUCAACAGUAUUGCCACGACCAAGGGAGGGAGGCACGUUGACUAUGUGGGUGACCAGGUGGUCAGCAAGAUCGUUGAAAUAGUGAAGAAGAAGAACAAAGCUGGAGUGGCCGUCAAGCCUUUCCAGGUGAAGAACCACAUGUGGCUGUUUGUCAACUGCCUGAUUGAGAACCCGACCUUUGACUCUCAGACCAAAGAGAACAUGACUCUGCAGCAGAAGACCUUUGGCUCCACUUGUCCUCUGAGUGAAAAGUUCAUGAAACAGGCUACUUCCUGUGGGAUUGUGGAAAGCAUCAUGAACUGGGUAAAGUUCAAGGCUCAGUCCCAGCUCAACAAGAAAUGCUCAGCUGUUAAACACACAAGAGUCAAAGGGGUGCCUAAAUUGGAUGAUGCCAAUGAAGCAGGUGGGAAGAAUUCCAUUGGCUGCACACUGAUCCUCACUGAGGGAGACUCAGCCAAGACACUCGCUGUGUCUGGCUUGGGAGUGGUGGGAAGGGACCGCUAUGGUGUCUUCCCUCUCAGAGGAAAAAUGCUGAACGUGAGGGAGGCCUCACUCAAACAGAUCAUGGAGAAUGCUGAAAUCAACAACGUCAUUAAAAUCCUUGGCCUUCAAUACAAGAAGAACUACAGCGACCCCGAAUCCCUUAAGUCUCUGCGUUAUGGCAAGCUCAUGAUCAUGACAGAUCAGGAUCAAGAUGGCUCCCACAUUAAAGGCCUGCUGAUCAACUUCAUCCACCAUAACUGGCCGUCUUUGCUGCGCCACAACUUCCUGGAAGAGUUCAUCACUCCCAUCAUCAAGGUGACUUUCAAGAAAACUCACAUGUCCUUCUACAGUAUCCCUGAAUUCGAUGAAUGGAAGGCUACCGUGUCCAACAUCAAAUCUUGGAAAAUAAAAUACUACAAAGGUUUGGGAACCAGCACAUCGCAGGAAGCCAAGGAGUACUUCUCUGAUAUGGAGAGACACCGAAUCCCAUUCAAGUACGGCGGCCCUGAAGACGAUGAGGCUAUCACCCUUGCCUUUAGCAAGAAGAAAGUGGACGAGAGAAAGGAGUGGCUGACGAACUUCAUGGUAAACAGGCGCCAGCGCAGGGAGCACAACCUGCCGGAGGACUACCUGUAUGGCCAGUCCACUAGCUCUCUCUCCUACAACGACUUUGUCAACAAAGAGCUCGUCCUUUUCUCCAACUCGGACAAUGAGAGGUCAAUCCCCUGCCUGGUGGAUGGUCUGAAACCAGGCCAGAGGAAGGUUCUGAUGUGCUGCUUUAAGAGGAACGACAAGCGGGAGGUGAAGGUUGCCCAGCUGGCCGGCUCUGUGGCUGAGAUGUCCGCCUACCACCAUGGAGAGGUCUCUCUGAUGAUGACCAUUGUUGGUUUGGCCCAGAACUUUGUGGGUAGCAACAACUUGAAUCUGCUGCAGCCUAUGGGUCAGUUUGGAACCAGGCUGCACGGUGGCAAGGACUCGGCCAGCCCUCGAUACAUCUUCACCAUGCUCAGCCCCCUUGCUCGCCUUGUUUUUCCAUCAUUGGAUGACAACUUGCUCAAGUACAACUAUGACGACAACCAGCGUGUAGAGCCUGAGUGGUACUUGCCCAUCAUCCCCAUGGUGCUGGUGAACGGUGCUGAAGGAAUCGGAACAGGCUGGGCCAGCAAGGUCCCCAACUUCAACAUCCGGGAGAUCGUAAACAACAUUCACCGCAUGCUAAAUGGAGAAGAGCCUCUGCCCAUGCUUCCAAGCUACAAGGGCUUCAAAGGUACAAUUGAGCAGCUGGUGGACAACCAGAAUUUGAUCAGUGGAGAGGUGUCUAUAAUCGAUUCCACAACAAUCGAGAUCUCUGAGUUGCCUGUCAAAUCCUGGACACAGGCCUACAAGGAGAAUGUGCUGGAGCCGAUGUUGAACGGCACAGACAAAGUCCCCGCUCUGAUCACAGACUACAAGGAGUACCAUACCGAUACCACUGUUCGCUUUGUGGUCAAGAUGUCAGAGGAGAAGCUGAUGGAGGCCGAGGCUGCAGGUCUCCAUAAAGUUUUCAAACUUCAGACCAUGCUCACCUGUAACUCGAUGGUUCUGUUCGACCAUGUGGGCAGCCUGAACAAAUUUGAGUCUGUGCAGGAUAUCCUCAAGAUCUUCUUUGAGUUGAGGCUGAAGUACUAUGUGCUGAGGAAGGACUGGCUGGCGGGCAUGCUGGGAGCUGAGAAUGCAAAACUCAGCAACCAGGCCCGCUUCAUCCUGGAGAAAAUCGAGGGCACCUUGGUUAUCGAGAACAAGGCGAAGAAGGAACUGAUCCGCAUGCUGCAGGAGAUGGGCUACGACUCCGAUCCAGUCAAAUCUUGGAAACAGGCUCAAGAGAAGCAUGUUGAGGAGAUAGACAAUGACGAAGAAGAAGCAGGGCAGGAGGACACCAGCGGGCCAGACUACAACUACCUGCUGAGCAUGCCCAUGUGGUUCCUCACCAAAGAGAAGAAGGAGGAGCUUUGCAAACAGAGGGAUGCUAAGAUGACGGAGCUGAACACCCUGAAGCAGAAGACCCCAGCAGACCUGUGGAAGGAGGACCUUGCUGCUUUCUCUGAGGAACUGGAGAGGUUGGAGCAAAAAGAAAAGGAUAUUGACAACAUGCCUGUUACAAAAGUGGUGAGUGGAAAAGGAAAAGGAAGGGCGGUGAAGGUGAAGAACGAGACUCUGCCAACGCCGCAUGGUCGGCGUGUUGUCCCACGCAUCACCAGCAUUAUGAAAGCUGAAGCUAACAAGAAAGCUGAACUGAAGAAAGGAGGAGGCAAGAGACUCAAGAGUAAAGAUGUGGUGAUGAAGAUGGAGUUUGAAGACAAUGCCGAGAAUGAAGAGAACGCUGUGCCGACUGAGAAGAUCGGUUUGGCUGCACGACUCAGCAAGAAGACUAAAACUCAGGCAAAGGAAAAAGCUUCAAAGACAAACAGGCAGAGCACUCUGCAGUUCAAGCCUGUUAUCAAGAAAAAUCCGUGGUCUGAUGAUGACCAGAUGGACGUUAUGUCAGACAGUGAACUGCAGACAGAAGAAGUGGUCGCCCCUAGAGUGCGGGUUGAUCGCAAAUCUAAAGCUGCGGUGAAGUACAGCCUGUCUGGCAGUGAGGAUGAAUUUGAUGACUUGGUGAAGACUAAAGCUCCGAAACGGAACGUUGUAACCAGUGAUGAUGACGACUUCUCUCCAGACCCCACCAUGGCUGACAGUGAUGUGGACUCUCCUGCCCCACCUCCAAAAAAAACAGAACCCGCGAAAAAGGUUACGAAAAGUAAAUCGGCAGUAAAAAAAUCUGAAACCAAGUCAAGCUCUCAGUCGGAUGAGCCUGCACCCAAGGCUCCAGUUCAACGUAAAACCAAAGAGACUGCACCCAAGAAAGCUCCCGCUGCAAGAACAGCUGCAUCCAAGAAGAAGGCUGCAGAUGUGAAGCAGCCAUCCAUCCUGGAUGCUCUGUCAAAGCCCAAACCUUCUUCCAACACAUCCACAAAGAAGAUACCGUCAUUUGGCUCCAGCGACUCGGAGGAGGAAAUCAAAGUAACAAAGACAAAGCCCGCCCUCAAACGCAAACAAAACGUCAGUGACGACUCCGACAGCAGCUCCGACGACCUCAUGUCUCGCCUAAAGGCCAAAACAACUGCAGCUGGCAAGAAAACUAAGAGGUGGGACGAUGACAGCUUCGAUGUUUCAGACCUGGAAGCAGAAGCUCCUGUUGCCGUGGCACCGUGUGAUAAGCCCACACGUGGCCGCAAACCUGUGACCUACAACGUGGACUUGGACUCCGACUCCGACUUUUAAAUUUCAGUAAAUUCAUUUAUGCGAUAGUUUUCUACCUAUUUUGUAUUAAGUACCAAUUCUUUAAGAAGCUACACAUAGUUAGUGCCGUCUGUUAACAUUAGCUUUGCUUUUUUCUCUAGAAGAAGUUGUGUCUUAUAUAGACCUCGUUGUGAUUCAUUGAUCCCAGAAAAAGUCCCUGUCCUGUCCAAGGGCAGAAGAGACAGAAAUGUUCUGAUUUAUUGACUGCUUGGACCUCAUGUUACCUUUCUGGAGAUCUACUUUUACCACCUUUUCUAAUCCAUUUUCCUGUAUGUGUUUUGUCUUGUCCUGUACAUAUUUCAAUGGCUGUUCUUUUUUUGUUGUUGGAAAUAAAGCUAACUUGUUUGCAUUCACUGUAAAA